AUGUUCUCCAAGUCGCAGGUCGCUUCCAUUCUCCUUGCUCUCUUUGCUGCCACCGCAGUCAACGCACACGGUGCCAUCGUCGCUGUCAAGGGCGAGAACGGCGUCAACGGUCAGGCAUUUGGCGUUGUUGACACUACUCCCCGUGAUGGUACCAAGCGUAACCCCUUCCAGACCGACACAUCCAUCAUCCGUGACAAGGAAAUCGCCAGCGGCGAUGCCCAAGCUUGCGGACGUACCCUCGCCGGUGGUGUGAACGAUAUGGCCGCUCAGAUGUCCGAGGCAUCUUCUGCUGGUCUUGCAUCGGUUGGCUCCGAUGGGUCGGUCACGAUGACUGUUCACCAAGUCAACGGUGACGGCGCUGGUCCAUACACAUGCGACGUCUCUGCGGACGCAUCUGGCCAGAACUUUGUGGCCAUGGAGGUGACGACCAAUGUGCCGGGCCAGAACUCGCGUUCGCAAGCCAAGGCUGAGGACUUCCCGCUUGUGGCUCAGAUGCCAGCGGGUACGACGUGCACUGGUGGUCCAGACGGCAACGCUUGCAUUGUGCGAUGCCGCAAUGCGGCUCGUGCCGGACCGUUUGGUGGAUGUGUACCGGUUACAAAUGCUGCUGAAGCAGGAGCCAAAGGCAAGGCUCCUGCCAAGCGGGACGUGACGAUCGCCGAGGCGGAAGAGGCACUCAGGGAGGACAUGGAGAAGCGAUCUGUUCAGGCUGAGAAGAAGAGGUACCUGCGCACUCGUGUUGCCGGUGUCAAGGCCGGAUACUGGAUCUAA